UAAAAAGAAAGAAUAAUAAGGCAAUUUUUUCUUAUUGAUCGUUAAAAAAGUAUAACUUAGUUUUCAGGUUGUGCGUUCACAUAAUGAUCUUCUUUGUAACGAUGCCGGAACUUAAGAACAAACAUUUUUUUAUUUGGGGAAGACAUUGAUUGACGCACAAACUCAAGCUGAUGCAAGUUGAAUGAAAAAGCUGUUAGUUGUGUGGACAGUUUUACACGUGUGAAGAAGAUGACAGACUGUCAAGAAGGGGAAGGAGCCAAGACUCCGAUGGAGCUUUAUGAGAGACUGAGUGUACAAGGAGAUAAAGUCCGGUCGUUGAAAACAGCUAAAGCAGAGAAGGCUGAAAUCGAUUCUGCCAUCCAGCUGCUGUUAAAGCUGAAAACGGACUAUAAGCAGGUGACGGGUCAGGAUUAUAAAGCAGGAUGCCCGCCAUCAGAAAACAUGAAUGUUUCAGAUAACGGGCCGGCAGCAGAUGGCACAGGUGAUGAAGACUCAGUUGAUCCGUGGAAUGUUUCAACCACCAACGCCAAAGGAGUUGAUUACGACAAACUCAUAGUGAGGUUUGGCAGCACUAAGAUUGAAAAGGACCUGGUGGAUAGAAUAGAAAAAGUGUCUGGGCAGAAACCUCACCGCUUUCUACGAAGAGGAAUUUUCUUCUCCCACAGAGAUAUGCAUCAAGUGCUCGAUGCAUAUGAGAAAAACAAGUCCUUCUACCUUUACACGGGCAGAGGUCCGUCCUCAGAAGCCAUGCAUGUUGGUCACCUCAUCCCCUUCAUCUUCACAAAAUGGCUUCAAGAUGUGUUUGAUAUCCCCUUGGUGAUCCAGAUGACUGAUGAUGAGAAGUAUCUGUGGAAGGAUCUAACGUUAGAAGAAUGCCACCGCUUUACUCUUGAAAAUGCCAAAGACAUAAUUGCCUGUGGCUUUGAUGUCAACAAGACCUUCAUCUUCUCUGACCUGGAAUACAUGGGUGCGUCCCCUGAGUUCUACAGAAAUGUGGUGAAGAUCCAGAAGCAUGUGACAUUUAAUCAGGUGAAAGGCAUCUUUGGCUUCACGGACAGUGACUGCAUAGGAAAAAUCUGCUUCCCAGCCAUCCAGGCAGCUCCAUCCUUCAGUAACUCUUUUCCUCAGAUCUUCGGAGGGAGAAAAGACGUGCAGUGCCUCAUCCCUUGUGCCAUAGAUCAGGAUCCGUACUUCCGGAUGACACGUGACGUCGCUCCAAGGAUCGGUUAUCCAAAACCGGCCCUGCUGCACUCCACCUUCUUCCCUGCCCUGCAGGGGGCGCAGACAAAGAUGAGCGCCAGUGAUGUCAACUCCUCCAUCUUCCUCACUGACACGCCGAAGCAGAUCAAGAACAAGAUCAAUAAACACGCUUUUUCAGGAGGAAAAGACACGGUGGAAGAGCACAGGAAGUACGGUGGCAACCCAGAAGUAGACGUCUCUUUUAUGUAUCUGACCUUCUUCCUCGAGGAUGACGAACAGUUGGAGAAAAUCCGACAGGACUACUCAAGCGGAGCCAUCCUAACGGGAGAACUUAAGAAGAUUUUGAUUGAGACUCUGCAGCCGAUGAUCGCCCAGCAUCAGGAGAGACGCAAACAAGUCAACGAGGAGAUUGUGAAGCAGUUCAUGACGCCUCGGCCUUUAAAUUUUAACUUGUAGCUCAGUGGAGGUUUUAUCAUUUAAAAUGCGAGGAAACCAUUGAGAACUUCACGCCAAGAUACAAAUGUCAUGUUCAUGUGUUCAUAGCUGCAGGUCUGGAAGGUGAAUAAAGUGGAAAAAUGUGCAUUUAAAAAAAAUCUGCUUAAUAACUAAGGUGUGCACGAUGACAUUGACUGUGCAGAUGUUGGAUUGUGAUCAAUAACUGUAAAUAUAAAAUUAUUAGCAGCCAAUAUGAAACAAGGUGUAAUACCAAGCUAUCUGAAGAUUUAAGCACUUAUCAGUAGCUAGGUUUACAUGCAGAGCAAUUGUCUGAUUAUUGAUGGGAUUCAAAAAAGAUAAAUCUGAUUUAUUUAAUUUAGAAGAUUUAUAGUUUAUUUCAAAUCCCGUUUCUGUGUAAUGAGACAAACCCCCAUGUCCUGCUGUGUUGUUGCAACGUCUGUAUCCAAAUGUGUAAUUGCAUCAAAUCCUUCAGAUCACAAAAUUGUUGCUCAAGUGUUCUUUUUAUCUGCAUCCUUCACUCUGGCACCUGUUUCUUGGAAGAAAAUCAGAUUAAAUAGAAUAUUCAACAGUGCUGGUAAGAUAAAUGUGAUUAUGCCCAAAUAAAAUCAGAAUACUCCACACAGCUAA